AUGUCUGGACUGGCAGCAAGUGUGUGGGCUGGCGGCCCGGCCGUCGUUGCUGCUGCUGGAGCGGGUGAAGACCCAAACCGCGGUGGUCGGCGUGGCCGAGAUGGCAAGAAGCCCCCCGCUGACCGCGUUACCGUCCCGGUGGACUCGGAGGCCUGCAAGCUCGGAUGUGGUUUGCAUCAUCCGGGAGAGCCUUGCCCUCUGGCUAUGUUCUGCGCACAGUUCUCUGUCGAGGCGUUCCAUGCGAACAGAGUUCAGGGCAAUGCCGUCGCGGGCUUCCAUCCUCCCCCCCCUCCCAAUGUUGGCCCCGGAGGAACUCGGCCACCUCGUCCUUCCCCUGCUGCCCAGACGCCUACCCAGCGACGCCGCAUGAGACGUCUUCGUGCUCGUGCUGCCAGGGGUGGUGCUAAUGCGCUAGCCCCUGGAGGCUCAAACCUGCGCCCUGCGCCCGUGGCCGCCGAGGGCGGAAACGCCCCAGCAGGCAACCGGGCUAGGGCCGCUAGGCGAGAGAAUAACCACCGCUGGCGGCGCUCGCGUGAUAGGCGGCAGGAGUGGAGGACUCGUCCUCGUGGCGAGCGGCAAGCCCCGGCCGAAAACGACCAGCUCGCCAUCGAAGAUGUCGAGAUGCUCGCGAUCGAGCCAUCCCGCGAACAUGAGUCUCUUGAGACUGAUGCGCAGGAUGACAUGGGCCAUGCCGAGAGGGCGACCUCCCCAGCCUGCGAGAAUCAAUCUGAGGGUACCUCCUGCCCCCAGGUUGACGCGCUGGGGAAUUUGCUGAACCGUCUUGAUACUCAAGACGGUACCCCUCGCCGCUGGGCCAACUCCCCCUCCCCCACCCCACCCUCCUCCCCCCCCACCUCUCCCUAA